AUGCCUGGAUUUCUUGCCCCAUUUCGUUCCCAAUGCUAUCACUUGCAAGAGUUUCAUGACCGUCAUUAUUCUGGACCCAAGGAAUUGUUUAACCAUCGACAUUCGUCGUUACGCAAUGUCAUAGAAAAAACAUUUGGUGUUUUGAAGAAGCGAUUCCCAAUAUUGCGGUCCAUGCCAAAUUACAAGUCUACAAGACAAGGCCCUCUCGUGAUUGCAUGUUGUGUACUGCACAAUUGGAUCUGUUUGCAUGCAGAUAUGAACCCAUUCUUUAUGGAAACUAAUAAUGAAAUGGCGGCAGAAGUGGAAACAGACGGGUUUGUUGGAGAGAUAACUGACGAUGAGGACAAGGAUUGGGCUAAAUGGCAAUUAAAGGAAAGGGAACCCAAGUAUUUUACGAAAGUUGUAAUUGUUAUUGGAGUUAACAUUCGUGCAUCAGUUAGGGGAGAUGUAUAA